CGUCCAUUUUCUGUCGGCACCUCAACGGGAAAGGAUGGGUCUGCUCUCAGCAAGUAAGGUUACAAUUUUAUACAGUACGCGGAAAUAUUUAAGAGACAGAGGAAACUUUACGUGAGAACGUAGAUUGGACGUGUUGCACAGAAUAAAUGUUGCUUUGUGACAUUAAUUAUUCGCUUUGGUGACAUAAUUUACCGGGAAAAAUGAAUAAAUCCACAAAAAAAGAUACAUCGAACGUGGGCCACGUGGCCAAGCAUCUCACUCCGGCCGAAAUCGAUCGUAUGAAAGCGCAAGAUAGUCGUUUAGUUUCCGAAUUUCGUGCGAAUCAGCUUGAGAGAGACGCAAAGAAACAUUGGGAUUUGUUUUAUAAGCGAAACGAUAAGCGAUUCUUCAAAGAUAGACACUGGACUACGCGUGAAUUCGAUGAGUUGCUAGAUUUAGGCGGGAAGGAAAAACAAAAUGUCCUCCUCGAGGUCGGCUGCGGAGUUGGAAAUUUCAUUUAUCCGUUAAUAAAAGUCGGAUUGAAAUUUCGGAAGAUAUUUGCGUGCGAUUUAUCCACGCGAGCAAUUGAAUUGCUCAAGGAUCAAGAAUUGUUCGACUCGGAAACAAUGAAAGCAUUUCAAGUUGAUGUUACGGUAGAAAAUUGUUUUUCUGAGAUUGACUGUUCAAUUGAUAUUGCAACACUUAUCUUUGUACUAUCAGCUAUUCAUCCUGAUAAAUUUUCCAAAGUUGUUCAAAAUGUGUACAAUGUUCUUGACAAUGGAGGAAUAUUACUUUUUCGAGAUUAUGGGUUAUAUGAUAUGGCACAGUUGCGGUUUAAACCUGGGCAUAAGAUAAGCGAGAAUCUUUACAUGCGUCAGGAUGGGACCAGGAGCUAUUAUUUUUCUGCAGAACAAGUAGCAAGUCUGUUUGAGUCUGUUGGUUUUCAAACGGUAGAUUGUGGUUAUGUACAGAGACGUACUGUGAAUCUAAAAGAAAACAUUGAUGUUCCCAGAAUCUUUGUACAAGCAAAAUUCAAAAAAUCUUGAAAAUUUGACAAUAAAAGUG